AUGGUCAACGCCAACAACACCAGAGCAACUUCAAAGAAGAUCAAAGACUCAGCAUCCUCAAAGAACAAGAGCGAUGACAUAUCAGUAGCAAACGCGUUGAUCCCCGCAACACCUGGGUUGAAUCCUGCCGGUUCGGUAGCGAGCACCACCCAAGCUCAUAGUGGCAGCCCGUUAAGCGUUUCCCAAGCCCCUACUGGCAGUCCUUUGAUUGGCACCCAAGCCCUUAGUGGCAGUCCGUUGAAUCCCUCGAACAACGGUAACGCAAUGCUCAAAAACACCAUCCCAAACGACUCUAGAGUCAACAACACCGCAUACUCUUUGAUAGUUGAUACGAGCAAGUCACACAGAGACCGAGCCCCAGUGGAAUCACUCUUCCAUUUACCCAAAGCAAAGCCUGCAGAAGCGGCCGCAAACGCUGAAGAAGAAGAAACCGAGGAAGACAACUCCCCCGACAUCGCCGUAUCCUCCGUUAUGACGGAGAGACAAAACAUGUGGCAACGAGCGAUAGCAGCGCAAGAUGCGGGUGAUACGUCCCUGGCCGAGAUGCUUUUCAACGCGAUAGGCCGGAUUGGUGCAAGCCAACCCUUGAUCCCUGCCCAGAAAGCAAAGGCAAACGUGUUUGCGGUACCAACCCGUACACCAUCUGGCGCAGUGAUAUAUCAAGAGUCAGCCCCUGUGUUACCACCAGGCGAAACGACGAACGGCCAGACGCCAGAAAAAUUUUUCUUGACGGAGGGCGACCUUGUCUACGCAAUCGGAUCAGUGACAAACCACAACAGUGUGGGUUUCACACCGUUCCUAGACGAGAACAUUCCCAAGCUCAGAUCGCCGUUACCACUCACGAUCUUCAAUCGUAAGUGGCAACAAAGAGCCAUGUCUUAUCACCUGGACCAACGUCAUAGAUCGGACGAUUUGUCUAGCGAUAAGGAGAAAUCAGGAGGAUACAAGGGCUUCGCCUUCGUCCAAGAAUGGACUCAAACUUACGCUCAGUGGACUCGGAAUCACCGGGCUUUUUGCAAGACACUCCACGAUGUCUACAAAAUAAAGAAAUUUUCAAAGUUACUCGCAACUCACAAGAACAAUUGCGACGACAUAACAGAAGAAUUUGGCUUCAUGGUCGCUUUCCGCUAUGAUAUGGAAGUGAGGAAUAACACUUUCUCUCACACAAUCACUGACGAAGACGUAAAGAACGCUAUCCCUGAUAUUUCUCAACGAAAAGAAUCGGUGGUCAAACAAUGCUACAACGUUAGCAGGAAUUUUGGCGAGCUCGAGUGGGAGGAGAAUCUGUACGCUCCCGGUUUGUCACACUGUAACCACGACCCCUUGACCGGUUAUGUGAAAACCUCAAAGAUGAACAACAAUCAAUAUAGCAGCUAUCAGAAUAACACCAUGGUACACAACCCAAUCUCUCAAGGGCAAUGGAUGAAUCAUUCACACAACAACUUCAACAAUAACGGCAAUACACACAACGGCUACGGCAACGUUGGUAACUACAACGGUAGUAGAAGCGGUAACUCCUACCAAAAUAACGGAGGGAACGGUAACCCGAACGUCGGUAAUAAUAAGAGGACCAGAGGAGGUUACCGAGGCGGAAAUUACUCAGACAAUUUCCAAGGAAGAAACGACGGGAGCCAACAAGGGAAAAAGGGAAACACAAACAAGUAG